GCUUCUGCAAGUUUGCACGCUGCACUUCAAGAAGGCCACGGCAAUGUUCGCCUGCAGCCCGGAGAAGAUCACUGCCGCAGAUUUCUCGGCGACCUGCCGCGGGGCCUACUCGGCGGCGCCGAACAUCACAAAAUUAUUGGGCGCCGGGUUCCGGUCAUCUCGCGACUGGGCGCGCAAGAUUCCAGACCCGCUGGCGGCCGCGGGUGGCGAGGCGGCGGACGCCGCGGCCAUGGCCGCGAAGCGUGGCGCCGCGGUGCAGGACAUGAGCAAGCAGCAGGUCGAGGCUCGCGCGGCUCUCGCCGCGGCCACGGCCGCCGCUGCGGCGUUGUCAGAGCCGGCCCCCUCGCCGCAGAUCCGCGCCUCGCGGCGGGCGGGGGCCGCGGGCGAGGGAGAGGACUGGCGUCGCUGA